CAAAUGUGAUGGAGAGAAACCACACACGAAACAAAGAUUCGUCGUUCACAACACGAGAUGCAAACUUCAUAUCUAUGGAUUUGUAACGUAAUUUUUUGUUCGCCAGUUUUAAACAAAGGACAGUAAGUCGUAUAUCUAAGCGCAGUAUAAAAUUGGAGUUCCAAGGUUGGAGAAAUUAAGUUGAUAACUGAAGGAGCAAAUAUCAAAAUUACGAAGAGAAUGAUUCUUUCAACGUUACGUCGUACUUUUCAAAAAUAUCCUCUCGCAUCAAAUAUAGUGACUUUUACCAGUUUAAUCAGUGGAGCGGAUCUGGCUUGUCAAGCUAUCGAGCAUAAAAACUUAAAUCGCGUGGAUUGGACACGACUUCGAAACAUGGCCACAAUGGGGCUUGUUUACUAUGGACCAGUAUACUAUUACUAUUAUGGAUUUUUAGAUCUUAAAUUUCCGGGUAAAUCUCCAAGAAGUAUACUUUUAAAGUUAGCUAUACAUCAAUUUUUAUUUACCAUACCAAGUUUAUGCAUAUUUUAUGUUGGAAUGGGAAAACUUGAGCACAAACCAUGGCAUGCAACUAAAGAUGAAUUAAAACGAAAACUUUUACCAACAUAUGUUACAGCCUGUAUGUUUUGGCCUGCAGCACAAAUUAUAAACUUUGCGUUCGUUCCUCCAGUAUUACGUGUUGUUUAUAUGUCCGGUGUGUCUUUUAUUUGGCUAAUCUGUUUGUCAUACAUUAAAAACCAACCACAAUUACCGGAAAUUUUUCAGAAGAUUGAAGAUUUAACUUCUGGUACGACGAGGAUCAAGGCUGUCGAGAAAUAGAGACGAAUACCAAAAUGUCGUUAAAUUGUUAACAUAACAGUCUUUUUCAAAUGUCGAAAAACCGUAAAGAAA